AUGGACGGCAAGAGGCACCCAAGUUCAUUCCAACAGCUGGAAAAGCUUGGUGAGGGAACUUAUGCAACAGUAUUUAAGGGUCGUAACCGCCAGACGGGAGAGCUGGUGGCCCUAAAGGAAAUCCAUCUGGAUUCAGAAGAAGGCACACCAUCGACUGCGAUUCGAGAAAUAUCUUUGAUGAAAGAGCUCAAACACGAAAACAUUGUCGCCCUCCACGAUGUUAUCCACACCGAGAAUAAACUUAUGCUAGUUUUCGAAUUCAUGGACGGCGACCUCAAGAAGUACAUGGAUACGCACGGCGAUAGAGGAGCUUUAAAGCCUCACCAAAUCAAGUCCUUUAUGUACCAGCUCUUGAGAGGCAUUGACUUUUGUCACCAGAACAGAGUUCUACACCGAGACCUGAAGCCUCAGAACCUGCUCAUAAACGGCAAGGGACAGCUAAAGCUCGGUGAUUUUGGUCUGGCCCGUGCCUUUGGUAUCCCAGUAAACACUUUCUCCAAUGAGGUCGUAACUCUAUGGUAUCGCGCGCCAGACGUUCUCUUGGGCAGUAGGACGUAUAACACCAGUAUCGAUAUCUGGUCUGCCGGAUGUAUCAUGGCCGAGAUGUAUACAGGAAGGCCCUUAUUCCCAGGCACGACGAAUGAGGACCAAAUCAUCAGAAUCUUCCGAAUCAUGGGAACUCCAACCGAGCGCACUUGGACUGGUAUUACCCAGUUUCCGGAAUAUAAGCCGACGUUCCAGAUGUACGCCACGCAAGACCUUCGCCAGAUUCUGCCACAGAUUGACCCCACAGGUAUUGAUUUGCUCCAGCGAAUGCUUCAACUACGCCCCGAGCUUCGUAUCAGUGCUCAUGAGGCCCUUAAGCAUCCUUGGUUCAACGACAUUGUUAUGCAGCAACACCAGCAACAAGCCUUGCAAGCUCAGACUAGAUCUUACCCGGGGCAGGGAUCGUAUGAGACUUAUUGA